GAGAAGAAGCGCACCAAUCAGAACAGGGCUGUUGUAUAUUUUCUACUCGAGGUGCGGUAUCAGUUGACCAACUAAACGUUUUUUGUUGCUGUAUUUGUAGAAUCGGGUCAUACUCUGAAGAGGUAGCCUAAAGUCGUGUCGUUAGCUGUUACAUUGUAACCUUUAGCCAAAUUGCAGUUUCACUAACGGAUACUUUUCUUUCACGGAGAGGAGAUUCUGUUACAUUACCUUAGGCUUCAUUGUUGAAGGAGCCUAGCUUUAAAUUUAGUUUAGCUUUAAAUUUAGUUUUUGUGUAAUUGGCGUAAAAAAUGUCUGGAGAGCCGAUUACCACCAAACUGGAAACCUUCAUGGGGUCACCGAGUGCGUUUCCCGUUGUAUUGAAGAAAAUAAUGGAAAUGCCCCCACCGAAUUUACUCGAGGGCGACGAUGGUAAGUCUAAAUGCUUCUCUGUGUCGGGUUUGAACGCAUCGUUUGUUCUAGGCAAAUAACUGAGAAGAGGCCGAAUUUUGCCGGAUAAAGCCGAAUGCGAAUACAAUUUACGCAAUGUAGUAAAUUGGUACGCAGAAUCAAACCCUUUCUAUCUGUUGUUUUUAUAGUGUUAUGAUCUAUAAGCAUUCAGCUAUCCCUUCAUCUGAAUUGAAACUAAAAUUAGGUAGCUACACUUUAGUCCUGUGGCUCGCAGACGGCACACAAGUGUUAAUGUGAAGUGCACAAGGACAGUAAAAUGCCUUUAUUGCAAGCGCCAACAACAAUGGAGUAAUCAAUAUCAAUGUAGCACUAAAAAUAACGUACGGCUAGUUGACAGUAAAUUCCUUUCCCCACUCUCCACCUCAUCACAACUCAGUAACUUCACUGGAACCACUAUUAGUAGGUCACAUAUUUUUAUGUCUAGUAGUGUCAAGGACCCUUUCUACCAAAUACUGAUGUAGUAUUUCAUCAUCUCUUCCAUUGCUUGAAACAUGGAGCCUGCAUGAUAAUACUUGUGGGUUUGAUUGUCACAUGGACCACUUUUUAUAUAUGUCCUGAGUGUAAAAUGGCUGUGGAUAAAACCAUCUACUGAAUUACCAUGUAAAAUAAACCCUUUUCCAAUGACUGUCUUCUCCUCCACUUGUUUUAUCCAGCCUGCCAUAACUCAUAACAUUAACCAAUGCUCUUCUGUUUUGCUGCCACAGACAAUGACAAGGAGAAGCUGCUUACGGGGGACAAUGUGGACCUUGAAGGAGGGAGUGGGAUGGGUCCGUCGGCUGCCCUGACCCCCGCUAUCUGGGAUAAGACCAUCCCGUACAACGGGGAGACCUUCCACCUGGAGUACAUGGACCUGGAGGAGUUCCUCAUGGAGAACGGCAUCUCCACCUCAUCCCUGGACGAUGCUCUCAACAUGGAGAAGACAGAGAAGCCCACCACCAUGGCAGCCAAGCCCAAGACAGCCCCAGCCGCCCCCAUUUCCCUGCUGCCCAUCCUGGAGCUGGAUCAGUGUGAGGAGGAGGUCACUAUCACCCUCAACAGUGUUGACAUCGCAGACGACACAGGUAGGCCGACAUCUGUGAGACCUUUAGGGCCUUAUGCAUUUAAAUAUGAGUCUGUUAGUGUUAUUACAUAGGUUGUUACACUGGUAGUUACAUGGUAUAAUGUGUAAGUAAUACAAAAAGUGACCCAAAAAAAAUUCAUUAAAGAUCAAAGGAAACCAACUAAGUUGUUCUCGGUUCUGCCAUAGACAGUCAGACAUGUCUGUCUGAGCACCAAGGACACACAUGACACAUGUACAGGGUAACACAUGCUGGUGUGUUUUGAAUGUCAUUCAAGGCUGUAUGCACUGUCACUGCUGUAGAUGGUGGUGAAAAUAGAUUGUAGCUAUGCUUACCAACAGACGUGGGCUGGGCUCCGUUGAGGCCAUCCUUUAUCAAAUGUAGAAGCCUUUAACUUGAUGUCUGACAAUUUGAGUCACUGGAUUUAUUUUAAUCUACUCCAGUUCCUGGAUAUAAUAAGGAUAUAGCAAAAUAUAUGGUUUUGGAACAGGACUUACAAUACUUGCAGUCUCACGUAAUAGAAUGUCCCAUUUACACCAGGAGCAUUUAUUUACCAACCCUUAAAACUGAUAGUAGCAUUUGCCCAUUAACCCAAAUGGUAUACUUGAACCCUAAUGCUUGGUCACCUGUGUUUCCCCCACAGAGGUGGUGACAGACAAGGACAGGCUGACCCCUGAACCCAUCGACCCAGAGGAGAUUGAGGUGGACGUGAACUUUGAACCAGAUCCUACAGACCUGGUGCUGUCCAGCGUUCCUGGUGGAGAGCUGUUCAACCCACGCAAACACAAGUUCUCAGAGGAGGAACUCAAACCACAACCCAUGAUCAAGAAGGCCAAGAAGGUGUAUGUACCUGAGGAUUCUAAGGUAAGUCAGAGACAUGGAGGUUGGAAAUGUGGGUGUGGUAUGUAGGUAGGUGUACACAGCUUUUUCUAAUUUCAAGAAGAGGAAUUGGAUUUUGUUUUAAACAAUUGUUAUAUUUAAUUUUGUAUUACAUUACCAUCAGUUAGUUCAUUCAGUCAUUCUGAAGGUCGCUUUAAAUAACUUAUCACCAGUGAGGGAAAACAAGUGUUUGCUUUUCAAGGACGCUUUCAUUAACUUAGCAGCGACAAUAACUUAGCAGCGACAUUGAAUUGAAAGCAUGCUCUCAGCAUCAAGGUCGCUUUCAAUAACAACCCUGUUCUCUCUCUGUCUUUCUCUCGGUACUCUCUCUCUCGUCUUUCUCUCGGUACUCUCUCUCUCUCUGUCUUUCUCUCGGUUCUCUGUCUUUCUCUCGGUACUCUCUCUCUCUCUCUCUGUCUUUCUCUCGGUACUCUCUCUCUCUCUCUCUGUCUUUCUCUCGGUACUCACUCUCUCUGUCUUUCUCUCGGUACUCUCUCUCUCUCCGUCUUUCUCUUUCCCCCUCUCUCUACACCUCUCUCUCCUCCUCACCAGGAUGAAAAGUACUGGCACAGGAGGAAGAAGAACAAUGUGGCCGCGAAGCGUUCCCGGGACGCACGGCGACUCAAGGAGAACCAGAUCACGGUGCGGGCGGCGUUCCUGGAGCGUGAAAACACGGCGCUACGACAGGAAGUGGGCGAGCUACGGAAGGACUUUUCCCGCAGCAAGAAUGUUGUGGCCCGCUACGCAGCCAAAUUCGGAGCGCUGUAAGGGACCAAACACAGACAACCGCUGGCCGUUGCACACAGAUUGCAUCAGCCAGUCACUUCAUUUUGGUCAGGUCACUAAGUAGUAACAUCAUUAGUUUAUUGUGGUCAGCAAUCAGUUGUGAGUACCCACUGUUGCACUACUCACAUUUCCUUUAACACAAGUUUGAAGAAUUGAUUACUAAUGUGAUGAUGAAACAUUAACCCUCCCCUCUUCACCUCAUGUUAAGUCCUCCUCUUCCUUUCCUGGUAAAUCAUCAACUUUUUCUCUUUUCUUUCAAGUGCCCCGCUGGAAGACCAGUAGACUGCUAGUGAUUUAUUUGUGGCAAAACAAAUAAAUAAAUGAGUCAAAUGGAAUGGAUUGAUCAGAAGAUGAAGAAGAACAGGACUGUGUGGAAUUUUAGGACCCCUGCGUAUAGUUUUUUAUUAGAUUUGAAUAUUUAAGUGCUUAUUUAAAUUCAUUUAAUGACAAUGUGUAUUUUUGGUCAUGUUUGGUACACCAUUGGCCAGUAAAAAGAUGAUUGUGUUCAUAUUUUGAGGGAUUGAGAUUGGUUGGGUG